AUGAACGUAGUAGCCAACGACUAUGCAGAGUCCAUUUUGCUCGUAGUCGAGCGACAGAAUAGCUCUUACCUCAGAAAACGCAGAGGCAGAAAAAACGCUGCAGGCGUGUCGUUGUCACUUUACCUGCGUAUAUAUAGAGCUAGCGCCGGCAUUACAACAUUAAGCCAACUUCGGAACAGCGUACGCAGUCAGUUUGAUAUAAUGAGUAAAGUAGUUGGAGUCCUUGCAUUGCAGGGUUCAUUUGCAGAGCACAUCGACUGCCUAGAGGCUUGCGUCAGAGAAAAUGGACACAACGUCGAGGUGAUCGCGGUAAAGACACAACAGGAACUAGCGCGCUGCGAUUCGCUCAUUAUUCCAGGAGGCGAGUCAACGGCUAUUUCGCAGAUCGCAGAACGCACCGGUCUGCAUGAGCACCUAUACCAGUUUGUGCGGACGCCCGGCAAAUCGGCCUGGGGCACGUGCGCAGGGCUCAUCUUCCUGUCGAACCAGGUCGCCAACCAGGCAGCACUGCUGAAGCCGCUCGGUAUCCUGGACGUGACUGUGGAGCGGAAUGCCUUCGGCCGCCAGCUGCAGUCCUUCGAGAAGGACUGCGAUUUUUCGUCCUUUUGGGAUCACGACGGUCCCUUCCCAACCGUCUUCAUACGCGCGCCAGUCAUUUCCAAGAUCAACAGCAAGAACGUCGAGGUCUUGUACACGUUGCAGAGGGACGACGGCUCCGAGCAAAUCGUAGCCGUGCGGCAGGGCAGUAUCCUGGGCACCUCCUUCCACCCUGAGCUAGGUUCUGACACCCGCUUCCACGACUGGUUCCUCCGUACCUUCGUCCUGUAG